GGAAGUCAAUGAGAGAAGUGAACAAUUAUUAUUUAGUUUUAAAUUUUCUCUAAAUCUAAAGGCACAACUUAGAUUCGAGCCAAUGUUUUAAGUAAUCGAACAUGGUAUUACCCCAACCUUGUGAAAGUAACAAACUGACACGUUUUCAUUUUCGUCAAAAACGGCUUGAUAUCGAAAGACUUCCGUUGAUUUGACGGCCUGCACAUGCGGAGUUUGGCGCUAGACGACCGUUAGUCCCGAUUACAAGUUUAUACGCAUGAGCCUUGCUAUACAACGUCGCCAUGACGUCGCCUACAAGUGUGAUCGGGGAAUUCUAUAGGCUAAAACUGCUUAUCCAAUCUUAAUACUGUACCGUCUUUGAUCAAAUUAAUUGUCCGGCAAAAGCCUAACCUAGCUAGCUGCCUAGCUAAAUUGUAUAUCUCUAAAUUAUUACGUUGUUAAUUAUGUGAGUAAUCAAAUGUUUGUAAUUGGCUAUACUUUGCGAUAAAAUAACCAAUAGCUGAAUGACGUAGAUAACUGAUCUAUUUAGCUAGCUAGGCUAGCUUGGUAUUGGUAACAUUUGUCAUGUACAGCUAAUCAGUUUGUUGGAGAAAGAAAAUGAUAUCUAUCCAAUAGUAUAAUCUACGAUGACGAGAAGAUUGUAGUGUGGAAACCAUGAAAAGAUCUAGAAGUGUUGGUGCGUCUUCACCUUUGAAUGGGAUUGGAAAACAAGAUAGCCAGGGGCACACAACAACACGCAGACAUGAUUUACAAACAAAACAUUUGUGUUUAGUGGGUCCUACAGAUCAGAGGCAGUAGACAUGACCAGGGAUGUUGUCUUGAUAAAUGGGGACCCCCGGAGGAAGAGGAAGUUGGCGGAGAUCUCUCAGGCCCUGAACGUGACGCCAGUUGAUGUGGCAGUGCUGAGGAGGAUGGCCAUCAGCGAGGGGGGGCUGCUCACUGAUGAGAUCCGCUGUAAAGUGUGGCCACGGCUGCUCAACGUGCCCACCGACAUCCUGCCUGAGAAAUCAGAGGAAGUAGAGCGGGAGAAUAAUAAGGACUAUAACCAGGUGCUGUUGGAUGUCCAGCGUUCCCUGCGAAGAUUCCCUCCUGGCAUGCCAGACGAGCAGCGUGAGGGCCUCCAGGAGGAGCUGAUUGACAUCAUCCUGCGGGUGCUGGGAAGGAACACUCAGCUGCACUACUACCAGGGCUACCAUGACAUCGUGGUCACCUUCCUGCUGGUGCUGGGCGAGCGGCUUGCUACCGCUCUGGUGGAGAAACUCUCCACGCACCACCUGAGGGACUUUAUGGACCCCACCAUGGACAACACUAAACACAUCCUUAACUAUCUGAUGCCAAUCAUCGAGAGGGUCAAUCCAGAGGUGCAUGACUUCAUGCAGCAGGCGGAGGUGGGCACCAUCUUUGCCCUUAGCUGGCUCAUCACCUGGUUUGGCCAUGUCCUGUCAGAUUUCCGACACGUUGUGCGGUUGUAUGACUUCUUCCUGGCCUGCCAUCCCCUGAUGCCAAUCUACUUUGCUGCUGUGAUUGUGCAGUACCGGGAGGAUGAGGUGUUGGACUGUGAGUGUGACAUGGCGUCGGUGCACCAUCUCCUGUCCCAGAUCCCCCAGGACCUGCCCUACGAGACGCUCAUCAGCCGCGCAGGAGACCUUUUUGUCCAGUUCCCCCCCUCCGAGCUGGCCAGGGAGGCUGCCCAGCAGUACAGUCAACAGAUGGCAGCCUCCACCUUUAAAGACUUUGAUCUGACCCCGGAGCAGCAGCGGCCGGACACGGUGCUGCGGAGGCGGCGGAGAGAGAGGCAGGCACUGAAGGGAGCUGCUGCAGGUGCUAUGGUGGCGACCGCCCAACCCACCACGGCUCGGCGCUUCGUCCGACUGGCCGUCAUGGGGCUCACUGUGGCCCUGGGGGCAGCCGCCCUAACCCUGGUCAACACGGCCCUAGAGUGGGCGCCCAAACUGGACCUACACCUCUUCCCCUGAGAGAGAGUGAAGGGGACUUGUAGGCGAGUGAAGGGGACUUGUAGGCGAGUGAAGGGGACUUGUAGGCGAGUGAAGGGGACUUGUAGGCGAGUGAAGGGGACUUGUAGGCGAGUGAAGGGGACUUGUAGGCGAGUGAAGGGGACUUGUAGGCGAGUGAAGGGGACUUGUAGGCGAGUGAAGGGGACUUGUAGGCGAGUGAAGGGGGCUUGUAGGCGAGUGAAGGGGGCUUGUAGGCGAGUGAAGGGGGCUGACGAUCAUUACAGCAGAAGACAUCCACGGGAAGGAGAGAGAAUAGAGAUCUUUGUAAAGAGAAUAUGAAGUUAUUUUCCACAUUAAUAUGAAGGACGUGAAUGGAACAGAGACUUGACUGUCAACGUUGUAUUUAAUUUAUAUUUGCUAAUAAAACCGAAUGGUGAUAAAUGUGCUGAGCGAUAUUAAACUAUUAGGAGUGAUGGCAAGUGACAAGUUAUAGCAAAGACUUAGGUUUCCUAGGUUGAAGAGUUGUCACUGGGGUCGAAACUGUUGCCAAUGAAGAGCGUGUGUGAGAGUGUGGAUGUGUCUGAAAUGGCUCCCUAUCUAGUGCACUGUAUAGGGAAUAGGGUUUCAUUUAGACGGUCUGUGCUGUCAGGUUCAGGGGUGAGUUAAAUGUCCCUCUGAACCUCACAUGGGCCAUAUUGGCAAAAGGACAGAGAUCCCGCUAGUCCGCCACUGGUAUGGUCCCCCCCCCCCCCCCCCCCCGCAGAUCAUCAAGUUGAAUCCUCUGCCUUCAGCACAUCAUGUCCCUCUUCCUUUCCUUUCAUUCUGUACCGAGACCAAAUACACACGUCUUAGUCCCAUCUUUGUAUGUUUAGCACUUAAUUUUCACAUUUUCUAAAGCAUCAUUAUUAUUGUUAAGUUAUAGGAAAUAUAAUUUUUGUACAAGCACACCCAUAUUUAACAUUUAUAUUAAAUUAACAGAAUCCACUUGGGUCUUCUGACCUUAUGGAUGACAAUUUGCAAUAGUUCUCUCAGCAUGCCUAAAUUAGGUUAGGUUUGGAAUAGGUUAGCUUUGUGAUCUGCGACAAAGCACCAAUAGCACUCCCAGACAAUCCCAUGAGCCUUGGCUUGAUCCCAUGCUUUUAUUGCACAAUAAUGAAGUCCUAUUACAUUGUUUGCACACCCUAUCCUCACAUUUCAACCAAACUCACCAAAUGGCCUGGUUGUAGAAAUGACAAGUUUUUUUGCACAUUUAAUUUUAAGAAAUGUCACUUGAGCUUAAAGACUACAGUUGACACAAUUUGAAUGUGUCGCAUUGGACCUACCGAAAUUUGUUCAACAGAGAUACAUGAGUAGAAUCGACUCGAUUGUGACACGCAGAUGCUCAGCGGUGCCUAUUGACUCCAUCAGUGUUAGCCAUGGAUGGUUUUCAUUGCACUGAAAUAGCCUCAUUCUGUAUCAUUGCAAUGGUUUUUAUCUGCCUUUUAUGUUGAAUUGUUAUAUUUGUCAUGAGAACAAUAAAGAAUAAAAAACAAGAUCAAUGCAAACUGCA